AUGGCGCGAAAUCUGCGAUGGGCUCUGCUUAUUGUUGCUGUCUCAAGUCUUGUCUGGACACUGGAAGCGAGUGAAGGAGAUGCUGAUCCUCGUUACAAGUCAUGUGUUGAUCAAUGCCAGAAAACAGGAUGCGUGGGGGAUAACUGCUUCCAGCACUGUAAAUUCUCAGCUGAUGGAAAAGCCAUCGACGGUCCAUGGUACAUGCAAGAGCCGCUUUACCUGAGAUGGAAACAAUGGGACUGCCAAAGCGAUUGCCAGUACGAAUGCAUGAUGGCAAGAGAAGAAGAACGCAAGACAAACGGAGAGAGACCUACCAAGUACUUCGGCAAAUGGCCGCUCAAACAUGUCUAUGGCAUUCAGGAACCUGUCUCUGUUGCUUUCUCUGCACUCGACCUUGCAAUACAGUUCCAUGGAUGGGUCUCCUACUUCAUCCUCGUCUACUACAACUUACCUCUCCAGCCGAACCGGAAAACUUACUACGAGUACAACGGGUUGUUGCAUAUAUACGCCGUGAUCGUGAUGAAUGCACUCUUCUGGAGUGGUGUCUGUCACAGCAGAGAUGUUGAAUUGACAGAGAGACUAGACUACUCCUCAGCUACAGUAUUAGCCGGAUUCUCGCUUAUCUUGGCAAUAUUCCGGUCAUUCAGUAUUCAAGAUCAAUCUGCCAAGAUCAUGGUUACUGCACCUAUUCUUGCUGUUGUAGCUACUCAUAUUCUCUACCUCAACUUCUACCACCUCGACGAAGGGCUUCACAGGAAAGUUCUGUUCGGAAUAGGAGGAGUAGAGCUAGUUGUGUGGGGUUUAUGGGCGGCUUUGACGUCGCAUCCAUCGAAGUGGAAGCUAAGAGCUUUCUUCGUCGCGAGCAUACUCACGAUGUGUCUUCGAAUGCUUGAUUUCCCUCCAUACAAAGGCUAUGUUGAUGCUCAUGCUCUUUGGCGAGCUGCAGGGAUACCUCUGUCUUACCUUUGGUGGAGUUUUGUUCGUGACGACGCCGUUUUCAGAACCACCGUUCUUCUCAAGAAAGCUAAGUGA